AUGAUGAUACGAUACGAUGAGAUGGAGAAUCGCCUUGGCCAUGCCCAAAUCCUACAGCUCCUGAAGUUCUGUCUCAGGAUGUACUUUACGUUUGACGGAACAAUCUACGAGCAGGUGAAGGGGACACCGAUGGGGUUCACAGUUGCGGGACUCACAGUCGAGGCGUACCUACAACGGCUGGAGUCGCUGGUCUUCCGACACCACAAACCAAUAUUCUGGGCGCGGUAUGUGAGCGACACGUUCUUCGUCAUCGAACGGGAUCAGGUGCUCACGUUCAAGGAACGUCUCAAUAGCUUCUUACCAACAAUCCAAUUUACGAUGGAGGUGGAAGAGAACAACCAGCUGGCCGUCAUUUAUGUCCUCAUCUUUCGCAAAGAUUGUGGUGGCCUAAAGGCUUAA